AUGCCUCUGGAGAAGCAACUCGACGCGGCCCUGAAGUGCCUGAGUACCGGUACACCUUAUUUCCAGGUCGGAUUCAUUUUCGUGUGGUGGUCUUUUCUGCACAUGCUGACGCGGAAGGCUGUGUCCUCAGACUCUGAACGUGAGAUCAUGAGCAGCCAGCUCACAGAUAGCCUUGGCUCAAAGGCAGCCGGGAAAGUGCUAGCCGAAAUUGAUACGGCGUCCAAAACAUCUGAGCCUAAGAAGCCUUUUAGUAUCUCAAAAGGACCUUUUGGGGUGUUCAAAUGUCUUAAACGAAGAGAAGUCUCUCUGAGUCAGCUAUCACUGUCGCCUAUUACCUCAGAGCAUGAUAUUAGCCUACUUGUCGAUCCUGAAGAUGAAAGUUUUCAAACGGGAACUGACCCACGAGAAGAUUUCGGCAUUGACUGGUCUGAGAACGAACUCGAAGAAUCUAUGCAGUCAUCACUAGACUGCUUAGAUCUCUUGGUUGCCCAGAGUGAUUCCAUCACCGCCUCGGACCCUUUUUCAGCCUCAAUGCCUGGCCUCCAAUCAGAUUUCUCUGUCAACAUCUUGCCAAUGAGUUGGCCGGGGAAUGGAGAAGGCAAUACUUGUGGGGAAGACAGAGAUAUCAUUGCACCUGUCACCAAUGCUAUUGAGACAGACAACCAUUUGGCCACCUCCCAUGCUAAUGUCGCCACUAUCAUGACUAUACCGCCUACAUCGUUAUGCCUCGGAGCUUCUGUUUCACGAACAGAGGUACCUGAACAGGCACAAACGCUGCUUCGCUACUACAAGAGCCACGUGGGCUCUACCAAAAUUUCUGGACAAGGGAAAUUCAAAUCAGCUUGGCAACAGUUAUUCCUUCCUUGUGCCUUUGAGACGUUUGCGGAGUUGUCAGUGUUGAAUGAGGCAUCUCAAAGUCGGCUGGCGAUUCUGUGCGCAUUACUUGCUCAUAGCGCCUUUCAACUCAACAAAACGGAUUUAACACCGCGUUUCCCGAAUUACUGGCAACAUCUGGGUGACAAACACCAAGAACGAGCUCGAAUGCAUUUGAAGAAUGCUGUGAAGGUAGAGAUCCACGAUUCUGGAUUAGGUGGAUACAAAGACCUAUUAAUGGCCUUGAUCGCUAUGGCCAUGGGAUCUUUGUGCCAUGGAAGCCGUGACUCACGCGUCUUCUUGCUCGAUGCUGAACGUUUGAUACGAGUGAAAGGGCUUUCUAGCUACAACUCUGAGAUAGUCAGAGUACUUCAUCACACCUAUACCUAUAUGAGGGUAAUUGCAGAGGCUACUUACCCCUUCUUGGAUUCUGAAAGCGAGUCUGAUCGCACAAGCUUGCUUGGAGUCGAAGCAAUUGCACACGGUAGUUUUCAUAUACGAGAGGAGUCCCUUAACACAGGUCUAGAUCCCAACGAGGAAAAGAAUGAGACAGUCGGGUAUGCAGACAUACACCUUGAGUCACAAGGUCUUUGGCGCGAGACAUUACAUUCGAAUAUACACGGCAUCCCUGAGUCUCUCAUGACACUGCUGGCUCAGACGAUUCAACUCAGCAACGAGAAAGAUCACCUCGAAACUCGCGCACGCAGCAAUCCGAAGCUUGCUAGUGACCUCAAAACGCACGUCAAGACUCUGGAGGGAAGAAUAUGGACCUGGUCAAUUGAAUCCGAAAUAGCAAUACUAUCUACGGCCGGCAAAUCGCAGCCCAUCGAUAACGGGACGAACUUAAUCACUCAACCUUCUACACAGUCAAUGGUACAAGCGAUGCAUCGAGCGUUGAUCAUCUACUUCUAUCGCCAGAUACGCGAUGUUAGCGCCAUGCUCCUCCAAACCGUCAUCGAUCAAGCUUUGGGGUACUUGGAGUCUUGUCUUGAUUCAAUGGUCAGAGGCGAUGACUUUGCACUUGGUAUUGCGUGGACAGUCUAUAUUUGCGCCAGGGAAUCCAUAUCUCCAGAACUUCAGGAGAGAGCACUGAAGUGCAUUAGCAUUACUGAUGCCCGAGGGCUGUAUCUCACUUCAAAGCCUUCUGCUGAGGUAGUUUCGUUGCUAUGGGAAAAGAGGCGGCCACUGAAGUCGUUGAUUGAUCAUAGUUUUCUCCUGAGAGAAACCUUACGCCUUGGUUGA